AUGUCGUCCCCGGAGAAAAAGAAGAAGAGGAAGACGACAACGAUGACCCCAAACCCUUCGCUGCUUCCAGAUGAUUUGCUAGUGUCCAUAUUCGCACGCAUAUCGAGAUUGUACUACCCUACUCUCUCAUUAGUCUCCAAGAGCUUCCGCUCGCUCCUUGCUUCACCGGAGCUUUACGAGACCCGAUCACUCUUGGGCAACACUGAGAGUUGUCUCUAUGUAUGCUUACAGUUCCCUACCCCUCGCUGGUUCACUCUUUCCCGGAAACCUGACCACACCCUACCCAACACCACCAGUGAGAAGAAGUCAAGUGGGUAUGUUUUGGCUUCGAUCCCAGCUCCACAUUCUCCUGUUUCUUUCUGGUCAGGUCUCGUCUCGCUUGGCUCUAAUAUCUACAACAUUGGCGGAUACCCUGCCUCGUCUAGCGUCUCGAUCCUCGACUGCCAGUCUCACAAGUGGCACGAUGGUCCAAGCCUCCAGGGAAAGAGGAUGUCCCCUUCUGCUAGCGUCUUUGAUGGAAAGAUAUACGUAGCUGGAGGCUGCAAAGAUGAAGAUUCAGAUGACUUCGACUCUAUAGAGGUGUUUUACCCAAGUUCACAAGUUUGGGACCUUGUGCCCAAAGAUUGCUAUAAGCGGAACUGGGAUUGUAUACCUAGAAGCUCAUUUAUUGAAGGAAAGCUCCACCUUUUACUCGGGAGAAAAGGCCUGACUUACGAUCCAAAGGAAAAUAAAUGGGGCUCGCUCCAACGAGAAUUGUGUGAACGUAGGAUCUGGAUUUCUCAGUGCGUGAUAGAAGAUGUUUUGUAUUGUUACCAUGAUCGAGCUAUCCAAUGGUAUAGCACUAAGGAUAGGCUGUGGAGAAAAGUUAAGGGUUUGAAAGGAUUGCCUAAGUUUGCUUGUCGUGCUCGUGUUAGAUUGGCUGAUUACGGUGGAGGAAAGAUGGUGGUUUUGUGGGACAAGUUUUUGCCUUCAAGUGGAUAUAAGAACAAGGUGAUUUGGUGCGCCGUGAUUGCGCUUGAAAGAUGCAGCAGUGGAGGAGAGGUUUGGGGGAAGUUGGAGUGGUGUGACGCGGUUCUAUUGGUCCCCAUGUCAUAUGUGUUUGUGCAUGCUCUUGCUGUUAUUGUUUGA